CCCCAACGCAAUGUGUGCAGUGCACCGCAUCGACCGUUGGUUUUCUACCACUCAACCGCUGACUCGCGGCUAUGCUACGCUGCUCGCUGUUGCCUGCGUCCCUCCUUGCGCUCCUGUUUGCAUUCCCGGCUUUUGCAGUGCCGUCUUCUCCCAAUGACCAGUUUCGUGCAAUUGCCCUGAAGGUCGUGAAGGAACCUGAACCUCCAGUGUGCUGUUUGAACCCGCUGGAACCCGUGGGGCCUCCGACAGAAGAGGAUGUGCUGCUCUCAUUUGAUGACUGGAAAGCUAGGAGGAUGGGAGAGCCGAAGGACUCAAGUGCACGGCUACCGGGUGGCGAGAGUGCAACCAUCUCUGUUGCUCAUGGUCCAACACAGCUUGCAGACUCCACAGUGGUGGCUGGCCAACCACACGGUAUAGUCUCAAAUGGUUCUCAACAAGAAAUGACAGAUACCAACCAGCAGGAGGAACGACUGUCUCCCCACUUCCGUAUACCCAUCGUCGACCGCUUUAAUUAUGCCGCUACGGACUGCUCUGCGCGAGUACACACCGCUCACCGCUCAGCAAAGUCCCCUUCGUCCAUUUUAUCGUCGAAAAAGGACAGGUACAUGCUCAGCCCGUGCGCAGAGGAGAAACAGUUCGUCGUGGUCGAGCUUUGUGAUGACAUCAUGAUUGACACCGUGCAGCUCGCCAACUUUGAGUUUUUCAGUGGCGUGUUCAAGGACUUCACGGUGAGUGUUGCCAAGACGUAUACGACGGAUGAGGAGGGAUGGAUCGAUGCGGGCACGUACCGCGCAGAGAACACCCGCGGGGUGCAAUCCUUCCACCCUCCUCCGGCAUUGCGGGACUUCUAUCGCUUCAUCCGCAUAGACUUUCUCUCGCAUUAUGGCAACGAAUAUUACUGUCCGCUGUCCCUUUUCCGGGUGUACGGCCUCACACAUCUCGAACAGUGGAAAUGGGAUGAGUGGGAAGCGCAGAGCCAUGCAAGGCAUGCUGCUGAGGAGGCUAGUGCAUCUAUGGAGAUGGCUGUGGCGCCUCCGCAAAUUGCCCACGCAGCGGUUGUCGAGCCUGUCCUGCCACCCAAAGUAGCAGAGAAGGCACAGUCGUCCACCACAGCACAGGCUACGCAGACGCCGUAUGCAUCUGCCACAGUCACGCCAGCUGAGGUCACCUCGAGCAACGUUUUCGCUCCCUCUCCUAGUCCUUCCAUCUCGGAGGCCGCAAAGACAGUGCGAGGAUCCACCAGUGAGGAACCUGACCAAGAAAGUACCCUUUCCUACUACAUUGAAAUCAACACGGCCUCUUCACGCGCACAUGAAGCGGCAACAGCAGACUCCCCUGCAGAAACGACCUCUGACGACAAUAACUUAUCUUCCAAGAUUGAUAUACCACUUGAUGAAGAAAAUCAUUCUUCUGCAAAUACCUUGUACAACACAACAGGUCUUUCUACGGCUACUCAACUCUUUCCCAGCCCCGUCCCGUCCAUGGAUCAAGCAAAUCCAUCCUCCGUGCAAGAUUCUAGCGACACAAUCAAAGUAUCAUCUGAAUCACCUCCCAUGACAUCAUCCAUCCGUCUGACGACGUCCUCUUCAAACUCUGUCGUGUCUCCCUCGAUUGUAUCAGCCAGCCUUGCACAACCAUUCUCUCCGCCAGCACCGCAAGUCCCGACAGGCGGCGAGUCAAUCUAUCGGACGAUCAUGAACCGGCUCACCGCGCUCGAGGGCAAUACUACUCUCUAUGCGAGAUAUGUCGAGGAGCAGACCGCCGGCAUGCGAGAGAUCUUGAGGCGUCUUGGCGAGGAUGUCGGGCGGCUGGAGGGUAUCGGCAAGGCUCAAGCGCAGAUGUACCAGCGGUCAAUAUCUGAGUUCGAUAGACACAGACGGCGGUUGGAGCUCGAGCACCGGGAGCUACUCUCCCGAGUGAACCGCCUCACCGACGAGGUCGUGCUCGAAAAGCGGCUGGGUAUCGCACAGCUGUGCCUUCUGCUUGCAAUCAUGGUCUUUAUCACGUUGACACGUGGCUCCCGAGGCGAGCUCCACCGGAUACCUGCCCUCGGGCGGCCACUCAAUAUGCGGGACUGGGGCAGGCGGACGCUGAGCUUGAGCCUCAGUGGGGACUGGGUGAGCAAGUUCCGGAGCCCCAGCCCGACGGUCAAGUCGGUAGCUCAGUCCACCAAUCAUCCUCCAGAGAAGAAGCCAAGUGCGAUGUUCGCUAAUGACCAGAAGUGCGUGAAAACUCACAACGCGGGAUCAGUCCACGUCGAGUUUCCCUCGCAGGAGGUGCAGGUCCCUGAGUCUCCUUCGCCUCUGCGCCACCGCCGCAAGUUGCACCCACGCCCACACACGCCAUCGUCAUUGCGAGUGUCCACAGGCCGUCAUCAAAAUCUGCACAUGUACACACGCCCGACGCCCUUCAACGCCAUGACAAGGCCGUUGCUCACACGCUCCAGCUCCGGAGGCGUAGAUCUCACCGGGCCAGUGCCACGAUCGGCGAAACGGUGGGCUCGAAGCGCACAUCUGCACGAGGUGAAGAGCGCAGGGCCGGUUUUGAGUGCAAGGCGCGAGGCGGGCGAUCUUAAGCCUCUCAUGCCCGUCGACGUGUUCAGUGCCCCGGCCGGGCCCAUGCACUCAAAGGCAAAGGGUAAGGUGCGGUCGCGGGAUGCAGAUGCUCGCUACGCGUUGUCGCCGCUGCGAUUCUCGAGUUCACGCGAGCUGCCAGGGGGAUGCGUGCGGAGCGAGUCGUCGACAGAGGGCGGCGCGAGCGAGGGAGAAGGCGAGGGCGAGGGCGAGGGCGAGGGCUGGAUGGAUAUGGACUCUGACUCAGAAUAAUUGGAUGCGGGGCAUGACCGUGAACAGACAGCGAACUGAUGAUUUUGAUCUUUCCUGUACGCUUCUUGACGCAGUGCUCUCUCGGAUUCCCAUCUUUCCCGAGACUUUUCGAGACAGAUCUCCUUCGUUGGUUUCAUUCGUGAUCGCUAGAAGAAGUAUGGGUAUUUCUUCAUUCCUUGCAGACUCCAAAUCCACAAAGGUUACACAAAUUCGAACUGUAGUGUCUCGCCGCUCGACACUCAGUGGCUGCGGGUUCGAUUGACAAAAGCAUAUUGUAAGAAUUUAACAAUCCGAGAUGCUUAGUCUUGGAUGAUAGC